GUUCUACAUUUAAGAAGACAAAGCCUGAACAUCAAGAAGACAUAAUGGCUGCUAUCAUAACCGAAAACUUUAAAUUUCUUGCUCUGUUCUUCAAGAGCAAAGACGUAAUGAUAUUCAAUGGUUUGAUUGCCCUUGGGACUGUGGGAAGCCAGGAAUUAUUUUCUGUGGUGGCAUUUCACUGCCCCUGUGCUCCGGAGAAAAAUUACAUGUAUGGACUGGCUGCCAUCGGAGUACCCGCUUUGGUUUUGUUUCUCAUUGGGAUUAUGUUGAACAACCACACAUGGAAUAUGGUGGCAGAAUGUCGAAAAAGGGCCAUAAAAAAUUGUUCUACCCCAGCUACUUUCCUCCUAUUUGGGUCCAUAGCAGGGAGGGCUGCUGUGGCUCCAGUAACAUGGUCUGUGAUUUCUCUACUGCGUGGAGAGGCCUAUGUAUGUGCUCGUAGUGAAUUUGUAAACCCUAACACAUUGCUAGGAUUGAUUGCUGAUGUUGGACCAGAAGCCAUGGCUAGAAUCCCUUGUAAAGACACACCAAGCAGUAUUUUGCCAUAUAAAGAUGAAGUUAUCAGGAGGUUACAAUAUGAAUCGCAGUUUAUUGGUUGGAUUCUAAUUGCACUAGUUGCCUCAACUAUUUUCUUACUCAAGUGCCUGCAGCACUGCUGCUCUCCUUUGAGCUACCACCAGCAGUCAUACUGGAACCAGUACCGCUCCAGUGAGAAGGAACUCUUCAACCGCACUGCUGAGGUUCAUGCAAAGGUCCUUGCUGCCAGUAAUGUCAAGGAGUUCUUUGGUUUUGUGGCUUUAAAUAAAGAAGAGAAGGAAAUGGUAAAUGAAUUCCCAGUGGACGAAGCACAGCCAAGCCCCCAAUGGAAUGAAAUAACUGGAGUAUAUCUCUAUAGGGAAAACAAAGGUGUCCCCUUGUAUAGCCGACUUCAUAAAUGGGCCAAAAGGUUAAUUGGGAAUGGUGCAGAUGUGGGAAGCAGAGAGACGGCAUUGCUUGCAAUCUGAGA